AUGUCUUUUCUUCCCGCAUAUACAGCCGAUAGCUCCCCCCCAUCGUAUGAUGAGGUCGCCGGAAAGCUAGAGGGUCUCCUCGGCAGUAAUCCCACUGUCGAAAAGGCCCUUGAGGCUGCUCGCACCCUUUCCGACGUGGAGAUAAAUGUUCUUACCAGUGGUUACGAAGACCACUACCCGCUGCAGACGGAGCAGCAAAAGGCUGACUUCACUGUCGGUGCGGGACAGCACCUCUCAUCUAAUGAGGGUCAGGACCGGAUGGCACAGGCAGGAACGGCAGCGUCUCAAGCAGCGAUCGAUAUUGACAGCCGUCUCAUUGAUAUUCAGAAGAAGCUGGCUGUAAUUGACCAAAAGUAUAACAAGGGGUUUGCCGAUACCGUUGCCGGUAUUCGCCAGAAUUACAACCAGGUCCUUCAGGACAGUCGGUCCCUAGCGGCUGAUAUUUCACAGAAUGGAAAAAGCUUCGACGCGAUUAUCGUCGAGUAUUGUGCGGACAGCAGUAUCGCAGUCGAGGACCGCAAGAGCAAAGUUAAAAGCUUUAUCUCGAAUACCAACAGUUUUGAGGCGACUGCCCAAGACAUCCAACAACGGUUUUCGGACAUCGGGACCAAAUUUUCGUCCUUCGUAGACACAUACUCUUCGUGGGCAAAGGACAAAGAAGGAGAACUCACAGAGCAGAUCAAGGAACUAGAGAAAGAUAUCCUCGAAUUGAAUCAAAAGUUGAAUACAAUUGAAGCCGCCCAAAAGUCAAUGGCUGCAGUCGCAGGAGCGGCGAUACCAAUUGCAACGGCGCUUGGGACCGUCUUUGAGCCUGUCAAGCCGUUGAUUCUUAUUGGAGGCCUCAUCACCGCCGUUGCCGCUCUCGGCGCCUCUUUAGGCCUGCUCAUUGCUGCCGAACGGGUGCAAAACCAGAUAAACCAGAAGGCCAGUGAGAAAGAGGAUCUCGAAAAAGAACUAGAGAAUAUCCGAAAUGCGCGGCAAGAACUCCAGGGCAUGCAACAGAGUGGACUGCUGUCUUUCCAAGCCUGUCUCGAUGUACUCCCUCAGUACUGGAAUUCCACAAUCCAGGAUGCACGGUCAAUUCAUGACUGGUUAGAAAAGGGUGCUGAGGCUACGGCCCGGCCGGUGUAUAUGAGUCUGAACGUGGACAAGGGCAUCAAAUCCUAUCACUCUACCGCUGCAUACCUUGACAAGUAUUCACACGGA